UAGCGACUGUGCGACAGUGUGGCGGCAGCAGCAGGAGAGGGAGUACACGGCCGCUCUGUCACGUGAGCUUUCUUGUUGUGGCAUAUAGAACUGACAUCCCAUGGUUGUGAUGUAUGACAGCAAAGUGAGUAACUAUGUGGUAUGUAGACCACGGAGAAUACCAAGUUCAUAUUUAGUUAACACAACAAUAACAGCCACAGUGAAGGCUAAAAAAUGAUGCAUGCAUUCCAAAAUGCAACCUUCACAUUCCUCAUCAGACUAGUCAGGUGCCAGUGAGCCCUGUGCAGCCUUCACCACUGCAAGCACCACCUUCAACACCACCAUGGAGCACAGUGAGCUUAUUGCCGAGAUGGCUUACAUUGAGAAGCUCUCCACUCAGGAGAGACUGAAGCUGGCCAGGCGGCGAAGGAUGCAACAGAUGAAGAAGUGGUCACAGAAGGAGAGGGAGAUCUCUGGCAGCAAGAGGGAGAAAACAGCACUAAAUGAGGCACAAAAGAGGAGGAGGGAGAACAAGAAGAAUGUGUCAUUUGUGAGCAGUGUAAUGCUCCUGGAGGCUGCUGCACGGAAUGACAUUGAGGAAGUGAAGGCCUUGCUGGAGGUUGGGGUGGACCCAGACUCUACCAAUGAAGAUGGCCUGACAGCUCUCCACCAGUGCUGCAUUGAUGACUCUGAAGAGAUGAUGAGGCUGUUGGUGCAGCACAAGGCUGAUGUCAAUGCCCAAGACUCUGAGAAGUGGACACCUUUGCACGCUGCAGCAACUUGUGGGCACCUGCAUCUGGCCAAGUUCCUCAUUGCCAAGGGUGCCAACCUGCUGGCAGUCAAUGCUGAUGGUAACAUGCCUUACGAUAUUUGUGAGGAUGACGCCACACUGGACUACAUUGAGGGGGAGAUGGCCAGCAGAGGCGUGACACAGACCCUCAUCGAUGAUACUCGUUCAGCAACAGAGACACACAUGUUGAAUCACCUCAAGAUGAUGAAGAGCCAGGGACAGAGCCUCAUGUUUAGGGACCACCAGGGAGCCACACCACUCCACAUCGCUGCAGCCAAUGGAUAUGUGCGGGUGGUGGAGUACCUCCUGAGUCAAAAUGUGCCCACAGAGGCCAGGGAUCAUGAUGACUGGUCUCCCCUGCAUGCCGCUGCCUGCUGGGGUCAUCCGGAUGUCUUGGAGAUGCUGGUACAGAAUGGGGCCAACCUUCAUGCCCGCACCAAGAACCAGGAAACCCCUUAUGAUAUAUGUGAGGAUGCUGAACUGAGGGAGAGGAUCAUGCAACUUAUCAAUGAGUUGGAGACAAGGAGGUUACAUGACAAUACAAGAAGAAUUCGGCGUGCGCACUCCAACCGCACUCAGUCAGUUCGCCGCACUUCCAUUCGGGAGAAAACCUUGACACCAAAGAAGGAAGCACAGGAGGAGGCAAGGAUAAGACUGCAGCUGGAAAACAAAAAGAAACCAAUGGAGAACUCUCCUGCCUCAAGCUCCCUACGCACUGUGAAGGAAGGUGAAGGAUCCCCCAUGACCUCCUUCCCUGCAGUGAUAGCUGACAACACCAACACCACCACCACCACUUCCAGCAGCAACAAAAAUGCAGUCACGAACAAGAACAUCACUACUAGUAACAAAAGUCCAUCCAUCACCAGAAAUGCAAAUAUCACCACUCCCACCUCAAUUAGUGCCAAAGAUAAAUUCAUGGUGGAAGAAGAGGAAGAGGAGCUCAAGAAGGAACGGAGAGAAAAGGAAAAGGAAAUAAGUGCAGUUGUACAUGAGAAAGAUAAAAAUAUGAUUAUGUCCUCAGCCAUCCCACCAAAGAGGGAGAGGGAUCUGCUUGUCAGGUCAAAUUCCACCACCACCUCUAACGAGUUUGAGUGCACAACAGAAUCCAGCAGUACAACAGACACUCCAGAUGCUCCACAGUUAGCCACUCCUCCAGUUCCUCCUCCUAGAACUUCCUCCAACUCCCGACAGGAGGUGGUAGCAGCAGGCAGUGGGACCAAUGGUGGUGGGAGUGGCAUGAUGACUCACAGUGGGGAGGGUGGCAGCAAGAUAGACAUACAUGUCACUGUCACAGUUAAUCCAUUUUCCCCCGGGACUCUAGCUGAUCUGAAAAAACAACGAGCCUUAUCUCGGGCCUCUCAAAACUCCUACACCCUCUCCCCAGCAUCCUCCACUGCCAGCACAUACUCCCUUUCUACAUCAGACUACGAGUCACGACCCCACACUCAUGGAUCAGAGUUCUCUGCAUCUUCUGUCCGAGUUGACACCGUUUCUUAUCGUCCACCUGCUUCACCAUCAGUGGCUCCUCGUAAAUUCUGUGGUAACCCAACAGAAGUUAUUGGAGGUGUUGAUGCCCAUUCCUGUUGUUGUCUAAUGUGAGGUAUUGAGUGUAUUCCAGUUGAUUGGAACAAAGACUAAAGGCAGUACAAAUGAAAAUGUAUCAAGACUUACAGAGGCCAUGUGGUGGUACUUCAGAAAAGAAUAAAGUAGUGCUGCUACUGAUUAUUGUUUUAAAGAGAUUGACUGUCUGUACAUUGUGUGAAGCUAUUUACUAGGUGUGAAUUUUUUCAAAGUAUUCAACAAGAAUUUAAUAUGCCAUGCCAAUAGGAAUGUAUGCUGGUUAUAAUGCAUCACAACUACAGUGCAUUCUGGUCAAUAUUUGCUCAUUCAUUUACACAUUCCUCUUGGGUAAUCUGAUUGGACAUUCCUCUUCUAUGUGUCUGGUGCAAUGCCCAAGCCUCACAUCCUUGCUCAUUCUAUGCACUGCAUGGUUAGUCUUGCUCUUUUAAAGUUUUAUCCCAAAAUAUAUUUAGAUAGUGUAAAAAUUAUUCAUUCUUAUUAUUCUCAAGUAUCCGUAACAAUAUUUAGUACACUAAGAAUUUGUGCUCUUUGGAUGAAAUAAUGGAAAGCAGGUGCUAUAAUUGCCUUUAAUAAGUGAAAUAAUGAUGUUACUAUGCUGAAUAAACCUUUUUUUUUUCAGUUGCUGGUGUAUAAGGGUGCACAUGUGAACCACAUUAAGUUGUUCAAUUAAACCCUUAUUGUCAUGAUGAGAGUUGCACUACACUGCUGAUGGUCUGUUUGUACAAGCUAAGCUUUGUUAAUCUUUAGCCGAGUGCUCAUGGUACACCAAAAAGGUUACAAUAUCUUCUAAACGUAAUGUCAAAGAAAUGAGUUGAAAUAUUUUCAAAUACAGCUAAAUAACAUGGUGACUAGUGAUACAGAAGUACAAUUUUUAGGCCGAGAAAAAUGUAUCUUUUGUGAUAGAAUGCCUAUAUACUUCACUGUCUGGCCUGAUCAUUAUGCAGAUCAUUACACAAUAAUUGAUACUAAUAAUUGUGAGGUGUGUUAAGAUACAUCUUGGUACUGAAAAAUUAUUUGAAUAAAAGUGCUUCAAAGUUAAUGCAUGGCAAGACAACUAAACCAGUUAAAUUAAUUCUUAUAACUUUUCACUGCCUUGCCCUGCUUGGUUAAAUUCUUGACUGGCAAAGCAGUGUUGGAGUAACUAUUAACCUUCAUUACUAAUAAGUUACCAUAUUUCACUCUUAGGGAUGAAUUACUCCCUCCCAUAAAUCAUCACUUAAAUCACAAUAAAUGUGGGCUUCAUUAUAUUGGUUUGUAUAAAUUUUAUAAUUCGUAAAGCCAAAUUGGCAUCUUAAUACAAGUUGCAUUUCAAAGUGAGUUGAUAACACAAAAUAUGUAAUUGACAUGUCGUAGCAUGUCAUCCUUAUCUGCAUCCUUGAAAUUUAGUAACAGUCAGAUGAUAAUGAAACCCAGGUGCCACCCUAUGUGAACAAUAUCUGCCAGAGUAACAUCAAGGUAGUUUGAUGAGGAAAUUGAGUAUGAUGCUCAAAUACAACCGCUGCUGCUAUAUGCAUCCCUCUUUUUUUACACAUGGUUUUAUUUCACGUACAAGUAUUUCUUGAUUUAUGCGUGUUUAGAUUAUGCGAUUUUGAAAUAACAUGAAGUAAAAAUCCUAGUCAUUUUUUCAAACUGAAUUAUUUAGAAUAACACCAUGUUAAGAUGCUUUUACUAGUAUGGAAAAUCUCGAGUUACAAGAUUCCAUGAGAUCUUUGUUUUGGGCUGCCAUAUUGUCAUCACAGUUGAUUGCAGCACAGAGGCAUUUCAUCUCCCAGGACAGCUGGUGAUACAUGAUAAACAUCGUCAGGAAGAUCAACAUAUGCUGUCUUGCUGUAAGUAAGACGACGUUACAUAUAGCAAUGAUGAUCCUUUGUUUAUUACAGCUCAGAGGUGCACAAAGUGUUUUGUACAGGAUACAUGCAGCAGGUUGUGUGUCAAGUCAUUAUUCUCAGAUGCAGCCCUUUCAGGAAUGGAUUAAUCUGUUUUACUUUGAUUCCUAUGGGGAAAAGAUUUUGGUUCAUAUAUAAAUAUAUGUGUGGAAUCUCUAACAGUUUACAGUUUAGUUCUGUAAUCAUGUUUACUUUAUGCAAUUUUUACAUUACAUGAUCCCUUCAGAAAAGUAUCCCUCGCAUAAAUUGAGAAAUCCCUGUAAUAUGCGUCUUGUGACCAAAAUCUACUUGAACACAUGUAAAGUUUAAAUGGCUUAAUUAAGGUGUAAUGACACAUAAAACAUACAUCCACGAUAUUGAGAGAAGAGCACAAAAAAAUUCCUGUGGUAGACAGGUUGGGCAAACACUUGGGUUAAUUGGCUGUGCAUAUGUUUCUGAUUGUAGACAUGACCUUGGAGUGUGCUGAAAUGUAAUACAUGGUAAUACAAGCAAGUGCAAUGUGAGAACUGCAUAUAAUACUGACCUCUUACUAAUGUUUUUUGAUGCUCUACCAUAUCUAACACAACUUAGCUGUACAUUUCAUCAAAACAUUUCUACUGAAUUCUACCUACAUAUUUGAUAAGUGAAACUGUCAUGGUUGGAGUAGACAAAGUAGGUGAAGAGAAGGAUACCCUGUCCACAGGUUGUCUCAUUUUGAAAUGUCUUGGCAUGCCAUUUAAAAUUGCUUGUGGCAACUCAAAAUUACUUGCUGGGUCUAUAAUAUAGUUUGAAGUUGCAAAUUUUAUCCUCACACAAAUUUGUUAGUAAUAGAAUACUCAUAUAUGCUUAAUAACUUGGAAUUCUUUUAUAACUUUUUUUAACAAGGAUUAUGAAUCUUGGUUUAAAAGAGUUAUUAUCUUUACUGUAAAAUAUGCAUGUUACUUACUUGCUGAAAGCAUGAGAUUCCUAUGCCAUUCUUUUUGGUACUUGGGGUUUUGGAUGUUGUUUUGCCAGGUGUGCUGGGGAGAGAGAGAGAAAACAAAAAAAACAGGUGAUUGAGUAGUAGAUGUAAUGAAUAAUUAUUAAUAGUAUUGGAAAAAAAAAAAAAAAAAACAAAAACAAACAAACUUGGUCAGAACAUCAUGCUGCCCCAAAUACCUUCUUUCACACACAUUUAGUAAGCAAUGAUUUAUAUUGAUAACCAUUUAAGCUUCCAGUAAAAUUAAUGGAAGUAUUGAUUUUGUAAUGGUUUUAUCUUCCUAUUUAUGCAUCACUUUUUGUAAGAGCAAUAAUUGUUUUCAAAGAAAAACUGAAAUAAGUGUGUAUCUUCUAAAUUGAUUAUUAGAUAAAUGUUGUGAUGGUAUCAAAGCAUUGUUAUAGCCUGCAGAUGCUCAAAAUUGUUCACACGCAUUCCACAUGUUUGAUAUCACCUGAUUCCAUGGUUGAUUUUUUCCCUCACCUGAUGCCAUGGUCGAUUUUUUUUUCCUACCUGAUUCCAUACUUUCAUGAAUUGCAGAUGGAUAAAUCCAAACAAGUUUCCAGUUUUUAUUUUUUUAUUUAUUUAUUUAUUUUUAUUUAUUUAUUUAUUUUUUCCAAAAUGUAUGUACAUACUUGGCACGUCCCACUCCCUCCCUUCGUACUGACCUAUGGUCAUGCUGUGAUCCAUCAAGAUGUCUUCCUACACAUUCCAUACCAAUAACAAAACUGUGCCAACCAUCUGGUUAUGUUUGUGUCAUGUUAGACUGAAAAUUGUUGAAAGCUAAUAUAUCUUGUUUGAUAUUAGUGGCAAUAUUAUUACAUAUUGUAAUGGAAAAAUCAGCUCUAUAGAAUGUCAAUUAUAUUGAAAAUGAAGAAAUUUGCAUAAAUGUAGUUGUACUUUUUAUUCCUGUGGUUCAGGAAUGCACAUUGUGACUCAUUUUAGUUUAAGAAUUUCCAAUCAAGUAUGCAGAGCAUUUAUUAUUAAUUAAUAGGUAUUGUGUGUGUGUGUGUGUGUGUGUGGUAAAUGAAAUAUGGGCAUUCUAAUCUAGGAACUGAUGUAAAAUAUAGCAUAAAUGUUUUACCAGAUUCAGAAUCCAGAUUGUUCUUCCAAAUAUCCAGGGGUAAUGUAAAGGUGACAAAAGUUGUCAAUAAUUAAUGCAUCACAAUGCAGAUAUAACCUCAGGCAGAUUAAUCUUUACUUUGAUGCCGUCCAGAUAACUAUGUAUGUCUUAAAGGUUGUGCAAAAUCACACAUAGAACAAAAUGUUUAUCCAAAUUGGUUGCACAUCAGUCUUGGUCAUCUGCAGAGCAUAUUUUACAAGACAUUACUGCACAGUGACAGUUGUCUCUGCAUAUUUUACAGGACAUUAUUGCACAGUGACAGUUGUGUAUCCAUUGCCAAGCUGUGACUGGCCAGUCUUAUUAGGUCAGGUGGUAGGUCAGGUGGGUGUGAGAUACAAAUGGUUAUAUGGUCAGAAAACAUUGUUUAAUGGUGCAUAAUACAGCCUAGGUUGAUCACAUACAUAAAACUGGUCAUCUUUCAAAACCAGAUGCAAACUCAUAUGGAUGACCAGGGAUGAAUGUUGCCACUAAGAAUACAAAAAGUAAUUAAAUUUAAAUAUAAUAUGUCUGUGAUAGAGUACGUGGUAUGCAUGGGAAGUGUUGCUGAUGUGUAUUAAAAGUAUUUAUUUUGCUUUUUUUUAUAUUCAUUUAUUUAUUUUUUUAUUCAUUGUUAGUGUAUGAGGAAAGCAUAAAGUCCUUGUAGAAUCUCUAUUAUGAUCUAUGUGAUGUUAAGCAUAAAUACUUUUGCUUACAUCCAGCUGUUGAUCUGUGCACAAGAAGUGACUAUAGUUCCAAGAUUAAUGAGGAGUUUGUGACCGAGUUAUUUAUAUACUGAUCUGAUUAAUUUUUGUUGCUUACCUCUUUAAGUAAUGGCUGAUGGAAAUGGAAAUGUUGUAUAUUGUCAACUUAAAGACUGAUGGGAGUGUUAUAUAGCUAUUGUGACAGUUGUGCAGUGACAGUUUUGUGCUAAGACACUCAACUGUACUUAGUAUUUAAUUAUGACAUGAUAUUAAUGCCAUGUAUAUAGAGGACUGAAUACCAUUGAUACAACAGUUUAGUUCUAGUUCUCAGUUAUCCUGAGGAUUCACACUAAUUGUUUGUGUAUAGAACUCUGUGAGGAGACAAAUGAUAUUGCCAUGUUAUAUUCAACUAACAAACACUGACAUACCUAGUUGAAAUAUGUUAGGAGUUUCAUGUAUGUUGUCUGUAAAUAAUAUUGGACUACCUGCUGAUCAAAGUGUUAUAUAUAUAUAUAUAUAUAUUACUAUUUUACUGUUAUUGUUAUGCCUUUGUGUUGCUGCCAGGCUGUUAACUGUAAUGCAGACUGCAUUGCAACACCACUAACCUGAUGAAAACAUUCCAUACAUUAUAGCAUGAUAAAAGGCUAAUUUUAAUAAACAUUACAUGUU